UUGUGAGCAGCAGAGGUAGGAGACAGUGACUGAUUAUUGUGAGCAGCAGAGGUAGGAGACAGUGACUGAUUAUCAUCUCACUUAGUGAUCAUGGUUUUGAAAUAUAAAGCUACUAGAAUCACUUCUCUAGGCUCACUGAAACCAGGUGAUCAUAUAAGGGUCUCUCAUAUGUUGUAUAAUCACCACAUGUUGGUGGUAAAAGUUAUCAAUAAUGGAUUGCUACUACAUGUCAUUCAUUACAGUGAGUCUGAGUACAGGCAAGCAAGUGUGGGAGCUGCUACUUCUGCAGCCUUGCCAAGUUCAUUUUCACUAUCAAACGGCACUGACAUUGCAAAAGUGAAAGAGGAAAACAUUUUCGUAGACCCACAAGAAGAUAGGGUUGAGCUAUUGGAGUAUGAUGACCCUGAAGUUGCUGUUCAUCGUGGUCGAAAUGCUAUAAGGCGUGCUUGUAGCAGGAUUGGUGAAAAUAGAUAUGACUUUGUGUUCACAAAUUGUGAAUCGUUGAUCAAUUGGGCCAUUACUGGAAGAGAAGAGACUGGCCAAGGUCAAGUUGCAAUUGUUGCAGGAGCUGCUGCUGCUGCAGCAGUAGGAGUAGCUGGAUUAGCUGCAGUUGCAGUUGCAACAAUAGGAAUACCUGGACUAGUUCUGUCUGGCUUGGCUUUUGCUUAUGGUUAUAGAAGAGGUAAUGAGGAGCAGAGAGAUGAUGAUGAGGACAACUAAAAGAAACAUAACAAACAUUACAUGCAUAGCAGCAAAUCAACUACUAAUUUGAUGAACAAUGUUGUCAUAAAAUCAAUUAAGAGUAACUUUAUUUAUCAAGUUACAUGUAACACAACCUAAUGACAGCUUGUAAUACAUUCCAUUAUACCUAGCCUACUGAA